GGCUGAGCUUGUCCCUCUACUGUCCCCUGAAUAUAGGACCACUUGCCUCAAAGGUGCUGCCACUCCAGCCGACAGCUUAACUUGCCUUUGUCCGCAAUUUAUGCAGUUGAUACUCAUAACAAGGCUAAAUACAAAUCCUUCUCCUCUUUGUAAGUAUAGUACAUCUAUGUAACAACGCCUUUCAUUUGUCUUCAAAUAAAAGCAUUUUACCUUGAUACUAUCAGCUGAAAACUUGAAAACAAAGGGUUGAGCUUAUUUCGAGAAAUUCAUUGGAUACUAGUUCACAAACUUGGCUUUGAUUUUUGAGGGUUUUUUGGUGCAAAAUUCAUUUAGGAAACUACCGAAAGUGAUUAUGGCUCAGGAAAAUCAUCUGAAUCUUAAGGAAACUGAGCUGAGAUUGGGAUUGCCAGGCACAGAUGAAUCUGACGACAUGAUUUGUUCUGCUAGGAAUAACAAGAGAGCCGCACCUGAGUCUGUUGAUGACAGUGUACCAAAGGCUAAUUCUACUGAAAAAUCCUCUGAGCAUGAAACCUCAUCUGCGUCAAAGGCUCAAAUAGUAGGAUGGCCACCUGUGAGGUCCUACUGGAAAAAUAAUUUCCAGCCGAAGAAGGUAGAAUCUGAAACUCGGAUGUAUGUGAAAGUAAGCAUGGAUGGAGCCCCUUAUCUUAGAAAGGUCGAUCUCAAAGUUUAUAAUGGAUAUCCAGAGCUCCUCAAGGCUUUAGAAAACAUGUUCAAAGUCAGCAUAGGUGAGUACUCAGAGAGCGAAGGCUACAAAGGGUCACAAUAUGCUCCUGCAUAUGAAGAUAAAGAUGGUGACUUGAUGCUUGUUGGAGAUGUUCCUUGGGAUAUGUUAAUGUCAUCCUGUAAGAGACUCAGAAUCAUGAAAGUAUCAGAAAAAGGCCCAGGUUGUGCCGUAUGAACCCCAACAGCUCCAAGUCGGACGCCUCUUACAAAAGCUAUAAUCUUAUUACAGCUUGUGUUAUCGAAGAAUCUUGAUUGUGAAUCCUCAAUUUUAUCAGACAAUUUCCUUCAUACCUCCCAUGGGAAGGUUCAACAUGAAGCAAAAAAAUUUGCAGUUUUCUUGGCAUAAUUUACAACAGGAAAACCAAGGUGGUUUUGUGAUCCUGUGAUUUUAAUGUUUUGUUUGUAUUAAAUAUAUUAAUACUUUCAUACAAAGAUACAUUUUCUGUAACAGAAAUUGUAUAUAGAACUAUAUAUUAUAUCUA